AUGGUUGAAGAAACACUCGCCUCGGCAGUCGCAGUGCCUGAACAGGUCACCGUGCGCCAGUCACCUGAAACUCAUACCAAGCGACGGCAAUCGUCAGUCUCGGAAUAUGAUAGUAAGCGCCGGCGACUUAGCUCUCAAGCCAACAUCUCUCCGCAGUCAGAGAGACGGCGUCCCUCUUCCCCACCGGCUUCGACGAGGGAAUCUGAAGAGAGACCGUCCAGACCACGUGGAAACCGCGACGAAGAUCGCAAACGUGGUCAACGGCUAUUUGGUGGGCUGCUGGGCACCCUCUCCCAGAAGCCGAGCAAUGCGGCACAGAGACGCCGCGCCGAUAUUGAGAAGAAGCAACAAGACAAGUUGAAGACACAAGAUGCGCAAUAUGGCGAGUUGAAGAAGCGAAGGAAAGAGGAGCGUGAAGAAAUCCGCAGGAGGGAAGUGCCGAUGUAUGAGCGGGAGGCAAUGCACACAAGACACUCAAAUCUGAUUGCGAUGGCGUAUUUCCACAAGACUCGGGCUGAACCGGCUUUGUAUUAUAAACCAUGGCAGCCAAGACCUGGUGACGAGUCAGUGAUCAAAGAGCAGAUUGAAAAGGCAGAAGCUCUAGUGGCCCAGGAAGUCGCUGAGUUUGAAGCCAAAUACCCACCAGAGGCCUUCGCCCCUAAAUUACCAACUCCCGAGUCGCAGCCAAAGCUCGAAAAGCCAACAGAACAGCAGCAACCAGAUACCCAAGCAGAAGAACCGUUGGUUCAAGCAGAUUCCGCAGAUACAGGAUCUCAGGGGCAAGUGCUGAGUGCUCCGGACAUAGUGUCUCAGGAAACUAAUGAAGGAGCCUCUAAAGUUCAACAGGAUGAGACGCCUGCUAAGGUGGAUGAAAGCGUUCUUGAACAGCAUGAAUUACAUAACGACGACGGAGGUGAGGUUGUUGAGGAUAACGAGGAUACUGUGAUUUAUUAA